UGGAGUGCCUGAGGGAGAGGGCCAGUCUCCCUGACCUACCAGACGGCGGUGGUGGGAUCCCUGGCGCCCAGGUGUCAGAAACACGAUGAUCCCCACCUAGGCCGUUCAGGUGGCCUGAGAGAGCGUGAGGUCUUCUCAGUCGGUUGAAAUGUCUAUGAUUUUAUCUGCCUCAGUCAUUCGUGUCAGAGAUGGACUGCCACUUUCUGCUUCUACUGAUUAUGAACAAAACACAGGAAUGCAGGAGUGCAGAAAGUAUUUUAAAAUGCUCUCAAGGAAACUUGCUCAACUUCCUGAUAGAUGUACACUGAAAACUGGACGUCAUAACAUUAAUUUUAUUAGCUCUCUGGGAGUGAGCUACAUGAUGUUGUGCACUGAAAAUUACCCAAAUGUUCUCGCCUUCUCUUUCCUGGAUGAGCUUCAGAAGGAGUUCAUUACUACUUAUAACAUGAUGACGACAAAUACUGCUGUCAGACCAUACUGUUUCAUUGAAUUUGAUAACUUCAUUCAGAGGACCAAGCAGCGAUACAAUAAUCCCAGGUCUCUUUCAACAAAGAUAAACCUGUCUGACAUGCAGAUGGAAAUCAAGCUGAGGCCCCCUUAUCAAAUUUCCAUGUGUGAACUGGGGUCAGCCAAUGGAGUCACAUCUGCAUUUUCUGUUGACUGUAAAGGUGCUGGUAAGAUUUCUUCUGCUCACCAGCGACUGGAACCAGCAACUCUGUCAGGGAUUGUGGCAUUUAUCCUUAGUCUUUUAUGUGGAGCUCUGAAUUUAAUUCGAGGCUUUCAUGCCAUAGAAAGUCUCCUGCAGAGUGAUGGUGAAGAUUUUAAUUACAUCAUUGCAUUUUUCCUCGGAACAGCAGCCUGCCUUUACCAGUGUUAUUUACUUGUCUACUACACCGGCUGGCGGAAUGUCAAAUCCUUUUUGACUUUUGGCUUAAUCUGUCUAUGCAACAUGUAUCUCUAUGAACUGCGCAACCUCUGGCAGCUUUUCUUUCAUGUGACCGUGGGAGCGUUUGUCACACUACAGAUCUGGCUACGGCAAGCCCAGGGCAAGGCUCCUGAUUAUGAUGUCUGACACCAUCCUUAAGACAUACUGCCUUGGCUUCCGGGGGAAAGGAGGGAACAUAUCUUAACUGCCACUGUGAUGAAGAAACUAUUCACCACAAAUGAGAAGCUCUGCUUUCUUUCUCUCCAACUUUCCUUUUUUAAAAUCAGCAUGGCAUGCCUGUGAGCAUGCAAGACCUGCUAGGAAAACUCCUCUCAGAAGAAUGUUGACCAUGAGAUUAUCAUUCAGAGGAGGAGAAGGAAGAGACUUCUCUCUUCAGGUCUGGAACAGUGGAAGAACCGUCAGAUGCCAUCGGAAGACUUGGCCAGCAGUCCUAAAUCCUUGCUGACGAGUUCAGUCAAAAAAUAGAUAUGGUACUUGCUGUGAGGACCAAGCACCGGAACUCUACAACCUGAGUUUGCCUUUGUGAGGCAUUACUAUAGACCAAAUAUAAAGAUGCUACAGAAAUUGGGAAGUUUAUAUUUUGAACAAAUGACUGUGCUAAAUACCAGAUUAUUUGCACAUUUGUGGUACCAAGAGUUUAUGACGUCCAGGAUGGUGUGGAAUUGGUUCUUGUUACUUUUAUAUUUUUGCUUGAAUCUUAACUCUGGAAAUAACCUGCUGUAGGAAAAGGCUGUGGUGAGCUCAUCUCUGGAACAUCACAAGUAUUGCAAAUACAGAGACAUAUGUUUCCUUUCUAGACCACGUUUGUCGUUUCUUUAAAAAAUCACUUAAAAAAUGAUUCAUUAGACUAUAGCCAUUCUUUCCCAAAACCAAUCAUUUGAGUACUAUUUAUACUGUUAUUUACUUAGUAUUUAUUUUUUUAAUUUUAAAGUAUUUUAAAAAGAAACAAAUCCUACUCCAAGUGUGAAAUCAGUAUCAAUUACCAUGAAUGAAAGAUAACCACAAAAUAAAAUUAACACAAAAAAUGUUAAGAUAUAGCGAGGUAUUAAUGCUGCCAAGGCUCUGAAUCUAAGAGGUCUGUGCUUUGUGGCAGUGGGAGAGAUGUUACCUAGCACCAAGAUAAGGCUCUGUUUCUGGAAUAAUCAGAGGACAAUAGAAAAUUGUAAAGGGAAUGCCA